ACGUGACGUCAUGUUUUUGUAUUUUUUCCUGCGUGAAAAAGUUAGGGUCUAGUCCCCUUUUUUGCGUUUAAUACCUGUAUCAUACCUUGUCCCUGUCUUGAAAGUGACACAGGGAGCCCGGUACCAUCAGUAGUCGCGAUCGGCAGUGGCUGGAUUGACAAUAGUCUUCGUCUUCCACCUGGCGAGCGCGAGCGUCUCAUUUUGUGGGGAUCAACAUUCCUGACUCCAGUUAAAGAUGUUCCCAAUCCCAAGUGUGGUCUUCAAAGGCUGUACAUUUGAGGGCAAUGUGCAGGUCAACAGUAACAACAACAACUGCACAACUAACAACUAUAACUACGGACAACAACGAUCAGGAGAAGGCUCUUCACAAGAUGGGGGGAGACAAGAACAUGAUGGAGCAACUCCACCGCCCCAAGGGAACCAGGCUCCCAAUGCUGCUUCAAUUUCCCAGCAACAUCCCCAACAAGUUGUAGCUGGCCAGAGGCAACCUCAUAGUUCUGGAGGUUAAAAUCCCAGUCCACGGCGCUUCCCACCUCCGGAAGAUGGGUCUGAUUCAGCACGAUUUCAGUUUCUAAGCCUCGUUGGGAACGCUCCCAUGUCUGACACAGCUAGCCUGCCUAGCCUUGUCACAGCUAGCUCCUCCUGUAUGUCAAGCGAUCACUCAUCAGAUGCAGAGACAGAUCUAGAUCUGUCAUCUUCCAGUGGCGAAGUAACGUCAGACGAUUUUACAUCACCAAAGGAAGCGAUAGCCCAACAUGCUGAUAGAGCAGAACCAGGGGAAGAAGAUGGAGAUGAAGAAGAAGAAGAAGAAGAGGAUGAGGAUGAAGAGGAGGUAGAGGAUGCUGCUGGCACUGAAGAUGAAAAGUGGGAGGUGGAGAGCAAUGAAAAGGAGGGUGACGGCAAUCCCGCGGAGCUUGAGGGUGUGCAGCUCAGCAUCGAUCGAAGAGAUGGGUAUUCAUUUACCUCCAUGCCUACAGCUGGACUUUUGUUGGACACAGGUUCAGAUUUGACCUGUGGUCAACAAACUGGGGACCAACCAAUGUCCCUUCACAGUGCCUCCUCCGCAGAACAUCCCCCUGAAACAGAGAUGAACAGUUCACCACCUUCGGCUGCUGCCCGUUUGAGUCCAGCAAACGCUGUACCAUCUACCAGGCAGGAACAGAAUGGAGACAUGCAAGCCCAGCUGACUGCAGGACUACUCAGUGAUCUGGCGAGAAGUGACCCACCGGACACUGCAGCACAGGACGAGAUAGACCCAGAGAUGAUGGCAAGGCUGGUCAGGCUGAGGUUAGACGACAGCCCAGGUACUGGUGGAAUGAGUGGAGAGUCAGGAGAAGGGACUGCAGUAGAACCAACUGAGCAGGCAUCGAGGCUAUCCAGUGGAGACGGGGAGUUAGAAGAAGGAACUGCAGUAGAACCAACUGAGCAGGCAACGAGACCAUCCAACGGAGAUACGCCCCCACCACAGCCUCGCAUUAUGCUGCAUGUCUCUCCACAAGAACCCAUCGAAGGUGAAAUGGUGGAUUUCGAGCUGCUGAAUGUGCCAUUGUGUGGCAUCGGUGACGUUGAGUGGAGACACUGCGGGAGACUGCUGCCACAAGCUGUUGGUCUCCACUACACCAUCAACAGCCAGAAGGAUGCUGGUGUCUACCAAUGUGUCAUCUACAAAGAACCGAAGAAGAUCAACAUCGUUGCUGUGGUGGAAGUGACGCUACAUGUGAAGAAGUCCACAGAUGUGACAGGACAGCCAUGUUUGGAAGAGGAAGGUGGAAGUGGCGGAAGUAAUGGGAAGGAAGAACCAGGAGACAGCAGUGGAGAUGCAAGAUUGCAAACAGAAGGAUCCCUUCCUGGCAGUGGCCGUAAUGGGACAUCUGAUCAGUCUGCACAGGGCAACAGGGACCAUGCUGCUGGAACAUCUGUCCUGGGAGCUGUCUAUUAUAGCAUCGCCCUGUCAGAGCUCAUGGAUGAUGCUGACCUUCUGGAAGAGGUGAAGGUCAAGCUUGACCCGGACUGCUGUGGUCGCAAGAACUGGAGGCAUUUGGGGGCCAAGCUGGGAAACAUCCCACGUGAUCAGCUGGAGUACUUUGCUUGCCAUGGCAGGCGCACCGAGGCAGUGUUAGAGAGGGUCACCUCAGAGAGACCUGACACAUCCGUGGGAGACCUAAUGAAUGUUUUGUAUCAGAUAAAGAGGGGGGAUGUAGUAGAAACUAUCAAACAGAACAUGUAAUGUUUUACUUUAACUCGAAAGUUCAUCUGUGUUGGUAGAAGUCAUUAUUGAACUAGUUUAACUGUAAUAUCCAACACAAGAAUUGGACUCACCCAAAUUUUCGACUGUUCAUUCCUUUUAUUUAUUGAAAAUGACAACAAAUCAUUACACUGGGCCAGCCUAGGCAGGCUAUGCAAGCUGAUGACGGCUGACCCACAAAGAUACAACAAACAAACAUUCCUUGACAAAGACUUAGUGCUGUACAGUCGAACGUUUGGGUGAGUCCAAUUUUUGAGCUGCAUAUCACAGUUGAAAUAAUUCAAUAAUGUUUUACUUUGGUUAUGAGUAGUAAAAAGAUAGGACAUAUAUAGCGUAGCCUAAAAGUGCAGGGUUUCAUUACAAAUGUACAAUCAAACCUGGUCGGGCCACCGCCUGACACAUGCCAGUACCUCCAGUCAUUAGCAACAUUAAAACAGCCUCUUCCAUUUUUACAUAGCUAACCCCACCCUGUACUCAGGAACUAUCUGUCGUCUGCAACCGUUUUUCCUCAAUCUCUUGAAUGAUCGCUAAAUCCAGGUCUGGCUGUACUGUACUUGUACAUUCCAAUGCUACAGCUGAUGACAGUGUUAUAAAAUGUGGAUUCCUGAAGCAUUUUCUGAUGUAGAUAAUUUCUAUUUUGCUGUUGGUAGGAGUGCUCAACUUCACACAUUCAUACAUAAUCACGCUCUUAUCAAGUUGUAGCAUUAACAAAGUUCAACUUCAAGCUUAUGUAACAUACUUUGUGAAGUAGCUUGUUGUUAUACUGGUAUCUAAGAAACUAGGUCUAAAUAUGAAUCAUGUCAUUAAGAUUACAGCUUGACUAUGAACUUUUCUGUUAUAUCAUACAAAUUUGUUAAAUGAUAUAAGAGACCUUAUUAGAGAAUUGGAUUGUUCAAUGUAACAAUGACCACUUUGUGUUGCAAAGGCAAGUUGUGAUCAUGAGAUAUUGAAAUUUUAUGCAAAUGUAUUUGUCCAAACUUUGAGCAAGCCUAGCUUGAUUUUAAUGAUGGGGACUUGACUAUAAAAAUGUCAUAAUAUUUGAAUUGUAAGCCACAAAGUGUGCUUUUUACGCAGUUGCAUAUAUGAUGAUAAGAGAGCGUCUUUUUUUAAAUGUUGCAACCAUUCAUAUCUUAUCCAUCU